AUGCUUAAAGUGUGCAGUCCUGUUGUUGUACCCAUCGUAUCCUGGUCGAAGCAGUGCCCACUUCAUGAGAUAUCUGAGGUUCUCUUCUCGCCUAAGUUUUCUGAAAUCGUCACUGGGGCCUCGAGUGGUGAAUUAAUAAUAUGGACUUUUGACAACAAGGAGAGCUUUUGGCCGAGGUGGAUGUGCACUGGUCACGUGGGCUCCAUUAAAAAUCUUGGAUUUGCGCGAAUUGAUGCCAAGCUUUCAGACUCAUAUUUCUUCAGUCACUCAAGCACUAAUGAGCUCGCAAUCUGGAAUUGGGAGGACGGGACCUGCCUGGAUAUUCGCGUUGAUCAGAUCUAUCACCAUACGCGGAUCAAGUCCUUCAAGCCAAGCUUCACUGAUGCGCACCUACUCUUCUGCAGUGGGCAGUACCCCUGCAUUGUGGUCAUGCAUGCACUGCAGCUCUCCAACCUCUUCACUCUUGCCUCCAAUGCCCAUCCCAAUUGGAUCCAGGACUUCGCCCUCUUCACUCACACCCAUCUCAAGCAAGAAGUGGUUUUAGGAGUUUCCAAUUCUGGUGUGGUCAUUGUAUGGACACUGACAGGCAAAGAAACGCUCAAUUCCACAACUUAUGAACACGAGUCGCGAACAAUUCCGACUAAUUCUCCUAUUCUGCAAAUUCAUUGCUGUGAACAUUUGCCUCGUCUGGUUCUACUAAUCUGCGUGAAGGAGUGGAGGAUUUUGGAUGCAAUCGACUGUUCCACACAAACUUUUCAUGCCAGUUGUGAUCCUAAGGAGCACUACGUGGGUGGCAGUUUCUUCCAUCGCGAAUACUUGGCAAUCUACACAAACGUUGGUGAAGUUUGUAUUUAUCAUCUCCCAAAAAACUCCGCUUUCAGGAUAGGAAGUGGCCUUCAAGUGGCCAGUCUGAAACCGCAGCUAGUCAUAAAACUGAGGAUGAACGAUGCUCCACGACUGAAACUUUCCAUUAGAUACCAAUUUCAGCAUACUCCUGUUACGAAGAUGUGCAAAGCGAAUCUCUUUCGCCUCGGAGCCCCCGAAAAGGUGGUCGACGCCUUUCUCUGUGGUUGUUCAGAUGGGACACUCUGUGUUUGGGGCCUCACAACUGAUCAACUAGUCGAGCCAGGUGAGAAGCUCUUGGAAAUACCCCCGUUUCUGCGAACAAGGCUUUCCGAUGUUUGGCAGAAGAUCUCAAAACACCUGUUGACGGAAGUUGCAUUUUUCAACCACACCUCUGUUCCCACCGAUGUUGUCACCAGUUGUAUCAUCGUUUACGCAUCCACUUACGCCACCGAUGCAACACCAAGGCGCUCACUUCCACCCCUUCUCAUUCGUGGCACCUCCACGGGUGAUCUGAUAAUCACUUCUCCAGCCUCCUCCCAUCGAUUUCGAGGUCACUACGGAGCUGUCCUCGCCCUCCUCCAUCCCUUCUCCUUCGCUCUCGAUAGUACCACCUUUCGUCCUAAUCUCUUCCUGUCUGGUGGGGAUGAUUUUGCCGUUCGUCUGUGGGAUUUGGAAGCCAUUCUUUUCGAAGAUGAAGAGAAAGGAGAGACAAAUCCGUUGGCGGUGUUUUACAACCACGCUGCACCGAUCAUAGCGCUACUUGUGGGUCCUGUGACUAGGCCCUCCUCCCUUGCUGGUUGUGUGAUCGUCGUGGCUGAUGACGGCACGGUGAGCGUCCUCUUCCCAAACGAUAAAUACACGCUUAUUCGUGCUCGUACAGCCUCGGGGGGUUAUGCAAACACUCCCGCCACCGUCCACGCCAUCAGCUGGCGAUUGGCUGAGAUGCUGCUGCUGAUUUUAGCAGCUGACGGCUCAUUGGCCGUUUGGGAUAUUCGUUCGGGGCAGUUAGAACGUUGUGAGAUGGGGUCAACCGCAGUGGAGAUUUUCAACACCGGCUCCGAGACCUUUACAAUCGGUUCCAGCCCUCUUCCCUCCCUCCCUUCGUUUUUUACCUGCCCAGCCAAUCAGAGCGCUUCCGCAGCGAGUGUGAGUCAUCGCACAGCGGCUGGACGGAUCACGCGCCGAAAUUCAGUCACUAACCAAUCAGCACGCUUCCUGCCACCACUUCUCCUUCAAAGCGUUGGAAUCAAUGCUUGUGGGGGACCCGCCGCCUUUGUCUUUCAUUUUGACCCCGAAGCACUCAUUUCAAAUCUCCUCUCCUCCGCUGUAUCUUCAAAGGAUAUGGAGAGUACUGAAAAUGACAUUCUGUUGAGUUUGCAAGACUGUGGAAGCCUCGUGAAGUUCCUACUGUCUGUGAUAUAUCCAUGGUCUGAUGAUCCUUCAGCUGAAUACGAUGUGCAAGUUCUGGGGGCUUUGCAGUUGGCCAAGCGCCCACAAAAACCGCAUUUAGGGUGCCUCUCUAUGGCGGGUUAUCUUACGCUACGCAUCCCUUGUCCACCAGACGCAAUUGAUAAAACAGAUUAUGAUUCUUCCCUGUCGACGAAGGUCGUCACAAAUCUUCGUCUCGUUCAAGUUGCUCUUGCGGACGCCUUGUGUUGCAUGCCGGCUGAUCGAUUAGCCGAAAUUUUUCCUUCAUCUAUCCCCAUCGACUCCCUCUUAAUAAGGUCGAUUUGCUCUUCUACAUCCUCCUCCUCCAACAUUCUCCAUCAGAUGAGGUUGCACACCCUUCUGGCACGCUGGCAGACUAAGUGCCUGCAUAUGCGUUAUAGCGCCCGUACACUAACCUACUCCCUCCUGGACUCACUUUCAACUGAGGAGCGUCGCAAUCUCGUUAAUCAAUGGGUUCGCUUCCUCCCCGAGGUCAAAAAUCUCCCAGAAAGCAUCCAUGCGACAACCAACGGCAUAGUCAAUGGCGCUCCAACGCACCGAAGUGCUGCCAAUCACAUUGACGCGGCUGGAUCAACCGACACACCAACAGCUUUAGAUUGUUGCGAGAGUCAGGAGUUGCUAAAAAUGUCGAUUAAGUUGGAAAGUGGGAUUUUCGAUUCAUUUGCAUUUGGACCGUCUCGACCGUUGAAUGCAUCGUCGGUGCAUCGGUAUCGCGUUGCGAACUGCGCGAUCCUCAUCCUUGCCGCCAUAGCAACACGAGUCGUCUCGGAGCAUUUGAGUCCCGCCUUAGCAGCACGUGACCUCUGCGUGGAGCUGAAUUAUCCUCCAACCUCUGCUGCGGCUUCCCUCUCGCCCUACUAUCAUCCCCUCCCGCCUGAGGUCAAGAUCACGACUACAGUGAUGGAGGACGAGGUGUUUAGACGCAUUGCCUCCGCCCUCAUGGUCUUUCUUGACUACACACCCCCAGACGGAACCAAGCGACAGGCGCUGGCCCAAGUUGCCUCUCCCAUCCGUCGCACUGCCAUUGAUUUCCUCGGUCGGGGAUUUCCACUGUGGGAGCCCUACGUGGACACAGCACAUCUCCUCAACUCCUUACUCAGUCUAAUCGCAAGCGAAGUCGGCCAGCUGGCGGAUCUUCAACCAGGCGAGGUGUUCAAUGGACAACGCGACGUGGCUCGCGCUUCCCGUCAGGCGUUGUGGCGCUUGACUUUCACUCGACCUCACCUGGUCAUCCUCACCCUCUCCCUCAUGCUGCGUCGACUGGGUCCACAGACUCUGAAUGCGAUGCUCACUUCUAACGCUACUGCUGUUGACGCAGGCAAUACCUCGGCGGAGAUUGGUGGCAACUCACAGCGACUACUGCGGGUGGUGGUGUCGUCUCCGGCACUAGCGUCUCCAAUUUUCGCUGUAAACUCGGGUUCAGAGUUGUCAAGGCAUCUUAAUAAAAGCGUCAGAAAUCCUUCCCAACCAACCAAUCAGGCUGCAGGAACUGGUCAGCCGCUGCCGCUGCUAAAGGCCGCAGUGGAGGUGUUGCGCGUGCUCACAGAGCUGAGCAGUCGUCGCGGUGUCGAGAUGACUCCCAUUUUACCUGAAUUGGUGGAAGUUGUGUUAGUGUGCGUUGACCGGACCCGACUGAGGGAGAGGGGCCUCCAUGCUGUCUUUCCUAUCCUUCAACGAUUCCACUCAGUGGACAGCCACACUAGAGCUCAGAAGGUCUGUGUCGGUGGCACCAACGGAAUGCUCAUUUUCUUCGACUUCAAGAGCGGCAGAUAUAACUCUACAAGCGCCCACAACGCACCAAUCACGGCCGUCUGUUUCAACUCCGAGGGUCGACAACUUGCCUCCUAUUCAAUGCAGGAAAACACUAUCAAAACCUGGCAGCUCUUCUCGACCGGUCUUUUUGGAAUUGGUAGCCAACAGGUGCGAGCGUUGAAUACUUACCCCAUUCGACCCCUUCAGCGUCCAGGCAGCUCAACAGCCGCCGCCUUGGACCCCACAGAGAUCGUGCUGACAUGGCCCGAACCGGGAGUGGUGAAUGUGCUGCAUGCUGAUGUUCUCAUUCGCUCCGUGACCCUGUAG